GAAGCUACUGGGAGCUGCUGUCAGGAGCUGCCACCAUGUCGGGGAAAUUUGAGAUUACGAACUUGGACAUGAAGGCGGGGGCAACUCUGAAGAUCAAGGGCAAGAUCGCAGACCAUGCUGAUGGCUUUGUGAUUAAUCUGGGCCAGGGGACAGAUAAACUGAACCUGCAUUUCAACCCACGCUUCCGUGAAUCCAUCAUCGUCUGCAAUUCAAAGGAUAACAACAGCUGGGGGCAGGAGCAGCGGGAUGGUCACCUGUGCUUCAGCCCAGGGACAGAGGUCAAGCUCAUCGUGACCUUCGAGAACAACGAAUUCAGGGUGAAGCUGCCAGACGGGCACGAGUUGACCUUUCCCAACAGGCUGGGCCACAGCCACCUGAGCUACCUGAGUGUGCACGGCGGGUUCAACAUCGCCUCCUUCAAGCUGGACUGAGGGCAGCACCUCGCCAGAAUGCAAGACCCUGGAGAGGAUUCCUGACCUGAGCUGCCUCCAGUCCCGUGGGAUCAGCAGCCCCUGGGUCUGGGCUUCCCAUCUCCUCUUCCUAACCCU